UCACCCUCUCCUUUGUAUAAAUGGGCUCAGCAUAACCACAGGGCGCCCAGGGGUGGUGAUCAUUUUAUGCCUGAUGUCUUAGCAGAGGGCACCUAGGCACUGACCGCCCCCCCCCCCCCCGCAGAUGGGUACCACGAUGCCAGACCCACGCACUUGGCCCUGCUCGGCCCCCUCCCCUGGUGCCUAACGUCCCUGUGGACAGAAGUGGCUCCUGGCUUUUGUUCUCCCCCAUCCAUCCAUCCAUCCAACCAUUCAUCCAUGCAGUAAUUAUCGAGCACGUACUCUAUCCCAAACACCACUUUAGGUCAUGGGGACGCAUCGGCGAGUGAGCCCUGCCCUCGUGGACCUGGCUUUCCAGCAGGGAGAGGCAAACAAAGAAGGUCGGCAUAAUAACGAAUCUAGCAUGGCUGUGGAAGGUGCUAGGUGUUCGGGAGAAAGAAGCACAGGGCAGGGUGUGAGGCUGACCGUGGCACCCGCCUCUGCAGCCAGGAGACCACCCCAGCCGCCCGGCCUCACCCAUGGGGAACAGCAAAAGCGGGGCCCUGUCCAAGGAGAUCCUGGAGGAGCUGCAGCUGAGCACCAAGUUCACAGAGGAGGAGCUGUGUGCCUGGUACAAGUCCUUCCUGAAGGACUGUCCCAGCGGCCGCAUCACGCGACAGGAGUUCCAGAGCAUCUACGCCAAGUUCUUCCCCGAAGCCGACCCCAAGGCCUACGCCCAGCAUGUGUUCCGAAGCUUCGACGCCAACAGCGACGGCACCCUGGACUUCAAGGAGUAUGUCAUCGCCCUGCACAUGACCUCCGCGGGCAAGACCAACCAGAAGCUGGAGUGGGCCUUCUCCCUCUACGACGUGGACGGCAACGGAGCCAUCAGCAAGAACGAAGUGCUGGAGAUCGUCAUGGCUAUUUUCAAAAUGAUCAGUCCCGAGGACGCGAAGAACCUUCCAGAGGAUGAAAACACCCCAGAGAAGCGAACCGAGAAGAUCUGGGGGUUCUUUGGAAAGAAAGAUGAUGACAAACUCACGGAGGGAGAGUUCAUCGAGGGGACCCUGGCCAAUAAGGAAAUCCUGCGACUGAUCCAAUUUGAGCCUCAAAAAGUGAAGGAAAAGUUAAAGGAGAAGAAACCUUGAUGCCAACUGCGCAGCCCUGUCCCCCUCACCCCUUCCCCCGCCGCGCACAGAAACCCGGGCAUGCGCACACCUCCCCAGGGGCCAAGGGGGUUUCCCAGGCCUUAGCGUCCCUCCCGUUCCUCCCAGCCACCUCCUCUCCCUUGCCCGCCCCUUGGGGCCUCCGUGAUAAUCCCAGGAUUGGGUCGCUGGAGUCCUACCAACCCUCCCCCACCCCCCCACCACCGUGUAAGCUCCUUUGUGGUUUGCUGGGUAAGCAGGUUCCAAUAAAUGCGAGAGGAGCUGGGCACACAGCUGACUGGUCGUUCUUGAACUGGGAGAAGGAAUGAUUUCUGUUGUCUCAGCCUCCGAGACCAGGACGUAUGGCCGUUGCAGACACCCGCCAGGGUGGGGAGGGGUGAGGGGAGGGGUGAGGGGAGGGGAGCAAGCAUUGCCCUGCUCUCUGGCAGAUGGAGGGCUGCAGGGGGUGCCCUGUGGGCCUCCAACAAGCUGUUCCGGGUGGUGAGGUUACCGUGGAGACCUGCACAGCAUGGGCAGGAGGGGCCGGCUGCUCCAGAGGGUCAGGGAAGGGGUUAUUGUUACAAUCACCUGCCUAAGACACCCCUCCA